GGGAGGAAACGACGCGUAUGCGAACGACGCCGAGGUCUUCUCCGGCUUCGGUUGAAAGAGUGUUCGCGUCUACGGGCGCGGCUUUUGCGUCUCGAGCUGGCGUUUUACACGGGAAAAUGUCCUCCCUCGACUAUCUCGACUUGUGUCGACUCUGUCUCGUGAAGGACCGUGUCUCCGUGCCGAUAUUUGAGGGCGAGGGCGAUGUAAGGCAAAUUUUUCUCAAGAUAACCGCCUGCCUACCGGUCAAGGUCGAUAGGGAAGACAAGUUACCUAAGAAAAUAUGUGAUGACUGCGUGUAUAAAGUAGAAUUAUUUUAUCAAUUUUGGAAUACAUCGGUUAAUGCGGAAAAACAAUUGUUACAAUGGUUAGGAGAAGUUGGAUUAGAAGAAAAGACAGAUUAUGUUACAAAUGUUCUCAAUCAAAACGUUAUGAAAUCAGAUCCAAGCGGUGGAAACAGAUUAGAUGGAAGUAUGUUGCAGCAAGUAAGUGGGCAUCAAAACAACAUGGGUAUGGGUAUGAUGGACAACAUCAGCUUGAGUAUGCCUAUGAUGAUAUCCACGACCAAUCAACAACAAAUAACCUCAGUUCCUAUGGACACAAGUGGUAGUUCUGUGCAAGAAAUGCCUGGUACAAGUACUCAAUCUACGCACGAACAAAUCACACAAAGUCAAACAAACACAAGCAAUCAACAUGAAGAAGAGGAAGAAAGCAGUGAAGAAGAAGAAAACUCAGAAGAUGAAUGUGACGGGGAAGAAGGCCUACCUGUUAAAGAAGAAAGUGAAGAAGAUCCUAACAAUAGCAGAGUCAUCGAACCAACAACAUUUGUAAAUGUUUCAUUAGCAUGCGAUGAAGCUGGCCCAUCAGGACUUCAGCAACAGAAGGUUACUGAGAUGCCUGAAAUGGCAAUGCAACAAAGUACAGAUGGAGAUCCCAAAUCUGGGUAUCACAACCGGCUACCCUUUUCCGAAGACUAUUACCCGAUGGUAAUGUUCGCGAAACUCGACCUGGUAAAGAAGGACGCGGAGCCCGAGAGGAGAUCAACCAUAACGAAGUGUCCGGAAGAAGGUGCGAGCGAAGAAGGAGGAAAUAAUUUAACGAUCGGUGCCAUUGAUGAUGGGGAACGAAAGGUGAUAAAACAGGAGGUAGAGGCUGACGACGAAGAGGAGGAUCUUUCUUUGACGUAUAACUGCAAAUUAUGCGGCGUUUUCUUCGCCAGUCAAACCCUUCUGGAGAAUCACGAGAUCGAGCACAAGGGUAAGCGUAAAAAUACUUGCGCUCAGUGCGGCCGAGUAUUUCGGACUUAUGUGAAUCUACGAAAACACAUGAAGAAGCACAACGGUCGUAAGGGGACGCGUAAAUCGAGUGGGACCUCGAUGGUUAGCAGAUCUACGUCUUUGAAGAAGGUCAAGAAAGAAAAACCAGAAUUGGAGUUACUUUGUAAGACCUGUAACAAGGUUUUCCGGCACAAGAGCAAUUACCAAAAACACUUGUUACGACAUACCGUGGGUGAUCUCACUUGCAAACACUGCCCGAAAAAGUUCCGUCUCUUUCGUGACCUCACUAGGCACGAGAAGACCCACUUCUAUCCGAGUUACAUGUGCAAGCAAUGCGACUACGAGACUACGGUGUUAGCUGCUCUUAGCAUUCACAUGUUACGGCAUACGGACAAGGCCGAUCUACCGUUUAAGUGUAACGAGUGCGACAAACAUUUCCGCAAGGCUAUCGAUUUGCAGGAACACUACAAUAUUCAUUCCGGUGAUAAGCCGUUUGUCUGUCAAGUCUGUGGAACGGCUUUCUAUCUAAGAAGACAACUCUCGGCACAUUGUCGUCGAAUGCAUCCAGAAAUGAAGGCCAACAAGGUUACAAGCACUGCUUGUGACAUAUGUGGUCGUGUUCUUGCCACUAAAAGGUCAUUGUUUCGUCACAAGGAAAGCCACAACCCCACCAAACUCUAUCUCUGCGAUUACUGUGGCAAAAGUCUCAGCAGUGCUGAACAUUUGAAGAAACAUCGGCGUAUUCAUACCGGCGAAAAACCCUAUGUAUGUGACAUCUGUGGGAAAGGAUUCACCGAUUCGGAGAAUCUCAGAAUGCACAGGCGCGUUCACACCGGUGAGAAACCAUACAAAUGCGAUCAGUGUCCUAAAGCAUUCUCACAAAGAUCGACUCUAACUAUACAUAGACGUGGGCACACUGGAGAGAGACCUUAUGUCUGUCAGAUCUGUCAUCGUGGUUUCUCCUGUCAAGGUAAUCUCACAGCACACCAGAAGUCUACUUGCGUUUAAAAAAAAAAAAAUUAUACUCGAUCAAUAAUGACUUUAGUUUUCUUUUUUUUUUUUUUUUUUUUUGGUUUUGUUUUUUUUUUUUUUUUUUUUAUGAUCGAUCGAAUUCGAUUUUUGGUGUCUCUGUUUUUAUCUGACGGCUAUGUAUGUGUGUACGUUUGCGUAUAUAUGCAGUUGAGUAUAUGUAUGCGUAUAUGUGUUCGUUAAACGAAGUUUAACUU